AUGAAGAUAGAGGGAGAUGGCGCCGCCCGAAAAAGAAAGAUAAUAUGGAAAACCCCGAGUCGGAUCCUGUGGUUCGUGCGGCACGGCGAGCGAGUGGAUAACGUCGACAAGGCUUGGAAAAAGACUGCCGAACGAUGGGAUGAUCCACCUCUAAGGCGGAUAAAUCCGGACGUCAACGAUACCUAUGAACCAGUUUAUACAACACUGCCACCGGAGCAUGGCGGAGAUGCGGGUUGUAUUCCAAGGGUUACUGUAACAUUACGGAACAUCUUGGCAAAAUAUCCCACGGGUAACAUAUUGUUCAUUUCUCACGGCAGUCCAAUAGCAGCUUGUCACGUGGCGCUUUGCGGGUCAUGGAAUUACCCCGGUCAAUGUACUAUAGGGAAAAUCAUCAGCGCUACGGGCAACUUCCAGUGUGAGUAUUACGGCGAUAAGAAGCAUCUCACUGACAAAACCAACUUAAGAGAACAUGAGCCGAGAAAGUCGAACUCAGAAAGGCAACGUCUAGAAAUCCUUAUGAUCAACAAAUGA